AUGGAUAUUUUACGGGUGCGACUUCAGUCUCAAUCUCCCAUAUUGAAAAUUGGUGCAGAUGAUGGCACAAAUAGAGGAGCGUUUAUUCAUCCGAAUGUGAAUUUUCGACGUUUUAUCGCACCAUCGCCAUCCAACAAAUACGAUCUUAUAAUAGCGCAUCGUCUAUUCGUUGAGCUUGGCUCACACCAGUCGCGUAUGGAUCUUAUCAAUACGCUUUGGAAUAGAGCAAAUAAAUUUUUGGUACUGAUCGACUCGAAUUUGGACGAUAGUUUCAAAGCGUUGAUGGAGGCUCGUGAUUUCAUUCUAAUUGCUGGUAGUGAAAUUCAUGCUGAUGAAAUGAGACGGUUAAUUGAUGAAAUGAGCCUGGAAAAUGCUGACGCUAUCGAGACAGUGCUCAACGAUAGAAGCUUGUCGAGUUUCGAGCGAUUCACUCUUUUAAGAGAAAUGGUUCCAUCCGAAAUUCAGCUACCUACACGUGUACCAACGGGUUUCGUUUAUGCGCCUUGCCCUCAUGAUCAAGGUUGUCCUAAGCUUUCAUCGAAACACAAGUAA